AUGUCUGCCGUCCCAAGUGUCCAAACUUUUGGUAAGAAGAAGUCUGCUACUGCCGUUGCCCACGUUAAGGCCGGUAAGGGUUUGAUCAAGGUUAACGGUUCUCCAAUCACUUUAGUUGAACCAGAAAUCUUGAGAUUCAAGGUCUACGAACCAUUAUUAUUGGUUGGUCUAGACAAGUUUGCCAACAUUGACAUCAGAGUUAGAGUCACUGGUGGUGGUCACGUCUCUCAAGUCUACGCCAUUAGACAAGCUAUUGCUAAGGGUUUAGUUGCUUACCAUCAAAAGUUCGUUGAUGAACAAUCAAAGAACGAAUUGAAGAAGGCUUUCACCUCUUACGACAGAACCUUGUUGAUUGCUGACUCCAGAAGACCAGAACCAAAGAAAUUCGGUGGUAAGGGUGCUCGUUCCAGAUUCCAAAAAUCCUACCGUUAA